AUGUUCAUGGGAUACGGUCAGCACGAUGCCCAAGAAUUCCUCCGUGUGUUCCUGAACCGCCUCCACGACGAAUUGAAAAUUACCGGUCCGGGAUCGUGUGCCAAUCCCAAAGGCCUAAAAGCCGAAUCCGGUGAUACCGGGUCAACCGAUAGUGGAUUUGCUUCCUCGGUGGCUUCCGUUUCAUGUGAAUGUGAUCAUUCAGUUCAACGAGGUAAAUCAAAACAAAAGAAAAACCGUCAAAAACACGGAACAAGUGACAAACGAGCUUGUCACGCAUGUUCACGCACGGUGCCUGUCGAACCGUCCAAGAUCCCAUGUAAUGGUAUCGAUGAACCCAAUCGUGUGGACACCGACGGGCGGAGCAUCAUCACCGAUGUCUUUCAAGGCAAGCUGAUUAGUGCCGUGCGAUGCCUAUCUUGUAACGAAAUCUCACAUGUCGAUCUCGGCAAUCACUGGGCCCCACCCGACUGGCGCUCCCCACAAAUCCGAAUCACGAUUCACUGCAAAAUCCUCCCUCCAAGUCUAAAACGUCAGCCCGGGGAGAAGAUAGACCCUAUCAAUCACGCAGAUCAUUGCCUUUAA